UGUAUUAAAUUGUCAAGAGAAACGACUUCGUCGAAGACGAGGGUGUUUUGGUAAUUAAAUUCUGCUAGCAGUUGUUGAAAGGUCGGCCGGCCUGAGAUCUUGAAUUCCCGUGAGACUGUGACUGUUGAGUGGAAUCCUCAAGAACGAAAAAGAAGUAGAAGACGACGACGACGUUUUGGGGAACGAGUGGGGGCGAAUAGCAAAAGCUUAGGAAAAUGGCGAAGGGACUGCAACAACAACAAGGGCAAAACCUGCCAUCGGAUUUGACCCAAGUCAUUGAUCAGCUGGAGCGCCACUGCUUGGCUUCCGAUGGUUCUCUCGUCUCCAAAUCUGCCUACCUCGACCUCCAACUCGCAAGGGAGGAAAUGUCCCGGGAAAGAUUGCGUUACUUGGAAGCCAUGGUACUUCUGUUUAAUUUUUAGUGAGGCAAUUGCAAUGGUGGAGGAGUAUCAACAAGCAGUUUCAGUGGCUAACCUUGGAGGCAUUCGAGAUGUGCAAGGUUUAUAUCUGCAGUUGGGCUUGAAGAACCCUCCUCAGUUGUACGAGACAUUAGAGCAUCGUAUGAUCGUUUCAGAAGCAGCUCAAAGACUAAGGCUGCCUCUCAUCUCCAAAGAUGGCGAAAUUCAUGAGGAAGAAAUUGAAAAAUGUAGCACAAUGUCACGCAGUUCUCUAGAAAGUACUAGUACCAGUGUUACGGUCAGCUCAAGCUCCAACUCAACAAAUUAUAAUACUGUGACUAGCACUGCUGGUGCCGCAAACAACAAUCUUUCUCUUAGUGGUACUGAUACUCUAGAACCUGGGGUUGGAGGUGUUCCCAAUUGCUUUCUUGGAAUUACACCUGCAUAUUUAUGGCAAACACAGCUCCAACAAACACCAUUGUCAACGGAUAUGACAGAAUACCAGUUGUGUCUUUCCCAAGAGAUUGAAGCUCGUCUAAAAGCUAAAUGUGAUAAGCUAGCUGAUUCCUUUGUAAUGGAUGACAUUGACUCGUCAUCUGGGCAUCAAAAUUCAAGUUCUCGGCUUCCAGAAAGGGUAAAGUUGAUAAUUGAUGAUAUGGAAAGGGAGGAAACAGCUCUGCGGGAAGAUCUAUAUUCUGCAGAUAGAAAAUUUGCUGAAUAUUAUAAUGUCCUGGAGCAGAUACUGGGAGUGCUUAUCAAGCUGGUCAGAGAUUUGAAGUUGCAACAUCAACAUAAAUAUGAUGGACUGCAAAAAACAUGGCUGUGCAAAAGGUGUGAGACCAUGAGUGCAAAAUUGAGGGUCCUAGAGCAUGUUCUCCUUCUGGAAACUUAUACUAAGGAAUCAAUACCGGCCCUACAUAAAAUAAGGAAAUAUCUUCUUGAAGCUACAGAAGAAGCUUCUAUUGCAUAUAAUAAAGCGGUUACACGUCUCCGGGAGUACCAGGGUGUUGAUCCUCACUUUGAUACAAUUGCAAGGCAGUACCAUGAUAUUAUAAAGAAAUUGGAAAAUAUGCAGUGGACAAUCCACCAAGUUGAAAUGGACUUGAAACGCCUCCCAGAUCACGCAAAUGCAUAAAGAUGCAUUUUUUGUUUUGGUUUCUGAUGGAAUCCAAAGCCUUGUACAAAACCCGCAACUGCAUGGUCUGCAUCCCUUCCUCCAAUGCCAAAUCCACUCCCAGUGCGUUUACUUGGUUUUCUGAAGUAAUGUGAUCCACAACACUUGAGAGAAUAGUCUCCAAAGCCACCCCCAAUCCAUUUAGAGAUGAAGCAAUGCUUGAUGUGUUUUUAGGAAACUCAGUGUAAUAAAUCUAUGUAAUACUAAUUGUGCAGUUUUGACUUAACCUUUUUGAAUUGCUUUUUUGAGUCUCACAUCUUCAACUAUUGUAAAUCAAACCGAAAUGAACCGAACCUACCCCUAAUGAUCAAGAUCAAGUUUAAAU